AUGCACCCGUUCGUGCCGCCCCCCUCGCCUCCGCCUCAGGGCCCGGCGCUGCUGGAGGCCUCCGUGUGCCCAGGCCUAUGCCCUUCGGUGCGGCCGCCGCCGACCGCCGGCCCUUACCUAUGGCUCGGCGGUCACACCGGACCCUCCAUGCCGGUCCUGCCGCCGGGCCCGGAGCGGGGCUGGGCGGCGGUGGGUCCGCCUCCCGAGUGCCCGAGGCCGGCCCGGCCGCCUUACUCGUACUCGGCGCUGAUCGCCAUGGCCCUCCACAGUGCGCCGGGCCGGCGGAGGACCCUCAGCCAGAUCUACCAGUACGUGUCCGAGAACUUCCCCUUCUACCGGAGGAGCAAGGCGGGUUGGCAGAACUCCAUCCGGCACAACCUGUCCCUCAACGACUGCUUCAAGAAGGUGCCGAGGGCCGAGGAUGACCCGGGCAAAGGGAGCUACUGGACCCUCGACCCCAACUGUGAGAGGAUGUUCGAUAACGGCAGCUUCAGGAGGAGGAGGAGGAGGAGGAGGGCUGAGGCCGGAGCUGCCGAGGGGAGCGGAGGGUCCGGCCAUGGGAGCCUCCUGUACGGGGCUGCGGUAGCUGCCUUUGGACUGUGAAAUCCAUUGGCCAAGGAGUGGGCACACACUUUUAAACAGGAAAGAUGGAGAAACUCUUGCCCUGGCAGAGCUGGAGGAGCCUUCCCAAGAUACUGACCUUCUGGGGAAGAAGUGACUUCACCCAACACACUUCUCCUGCUUCAGGAUACAAAGCUCUGGAUCCAACCGCAUGGGUUGAACUCUGUAUUUUCACCUUGAGACUGUUUGCCCUGGGACAGCACACCUUGAAAAUGCAGCAGGACACAAUGAGGAGAGCCUGGGGGGUGCAGGUGCUUCAGGGUUUCCCACUGGGGUCCUUAUAACAGUGCAGCAAGUCCAUGGACAAUUUAAGGACCAUGCCAUAUUGCCAGAACUAUUCUUCAGGGACCAUUUCAGGUGAUGAUUCAAUGGAUGGAGGCCAUCAUUUGUAUCUCUUUGUGCUUCUGUUGUACACUAUUUUUGUGUAUU